AUGUCAAAGCCUCUCCACAACCAUGAGGUCCCCGAGACUCCUGGCCUGUCUCCUCACCUGCACGAUGUCCUAGCCGAAUUGCAUCGCCGGCCGUAUCCGCAUGUCCCCAACCCACCGCGCUGCAGUAGGCGAGCGUCAGUUGCUCUGAUCCUGCGGGUCAAACCGACUUAUCAGGACCAACCCGAGUCAAGUCGGCUUGCUGUUGAUCAAUCGCUCUCGGUGGAGGAGCAGCUGCAAAGCUUUUUCUCCCAGUCGUGGGUUCAACAUGGAGAUCCAGAAGUGCUGUUCAUCAAACGUGCCUCUCGCGAAGGAGAUCGGUGGAAUGGCCAUGUGGCAUUGCCGGGAGGGAAAAGAGACCCGGAAGAUCUGAACGACUUCACGGUGGCCAUCAGAGAGACCGCGGAGGAAAUUGGUCUUGACUUGACGACCGACGAUGUGAUCAGCGUCGGCAAUCUGCCUGAGCGAGUCAUUACCACCAGUUGGGGAGCAGAGCCAAUCAUGGUCCUUUGUCCGUACAUUUUCUUGACAACGCGCAGCGACUGCAUUACUCUGAAUCUUCAGCCUACGGAGGUGGCUGCAGUUCAUUGGGUUCCUCUUCGAGCUCUUCUAUCCCCUUCACUGAGGUCCAAAGAAUACGUGGAUAUGUCCCAACGAUUCACGAGACAAGGCGGGUACUUUUCUCGUCUAGUUGUUCGAUCGCUCAUGGGUUGGAUGCAAUUCUCGGCCGUUCGACUCCUCCCUUCAGAAUCACACCUGUCCGCGUCCACGAUGGGCUUCACUUACGACAGCUUCAGGGGUCCUGUAUCGCUUUGGUCGCGAUUCAAGGCCUGGAUAUUAAGCAACCAAGCAGACUCUGGUGACCCAAGUCGGCCCCUACUCCUUUGGGGUCUCACGCUCGGAGUAUUGGCCGACUUCCUCGACAUGCUGCCGCCCCACAAUGCGGUUGCACUUUGGGAAUAUCCUACGUUCACAGCACCUGACUUGCGGCUGAUUGUCAGUAUUUUAACGAGUCCCUUGCGGAAGUACAAUGCGCAAGAGGUGAGAUUCGGCUAUCGGUCCCCCGACACUGCGGUCGACAGCGAGACCUCGGCACUGCGCGUGACGCGGGGCGAUGAUGAUGCUAACCACGACCCAAAUGCGGUGGGUAUUGGAGGCCUGGGGGUAGGCCGCUACUACGGACCUACUGACCGUCAGGGGGAGGGCAGCUCAUACGCUGUGGGAAUCAUGUUGCGUGGGUAUUACCAACGACUGCGGGUGGCCAUCUGGGUGUUCCUUGCCUGGCGCAUGACUCUGGGUUCUGCGGCAGCAUGGACAGCUUGGCGCUAUCUGCGAAGAAGGUGA